AGGAAGGACAGUAGGAGCUUCAUCCGUUGUUACAUUUUCGUUUAUUCAACUCUUCUAGCCAUUGGUAGUGGACUUUUAAAAUGGCAGGAUACAAGUCAAUAUGAUAUGAAUUUACCUUUUUUCUCCCACUUGUCCUUCUUUCUCCACCCCACCCCCUGCCCGCGCCGGCUUUUUUUCUCUCCCACCUCUUUCUUUGACUCUGCUGCCGCCUAUCCUGGCGGCUCCUCUUCACCUCCCCUGCCUGGCGAUCCCCUCCCCCUCCUGCCCUAUGUCCUCCAGCUCUUGGGGAACAAUCGCCACUGAUUGAGGUUCACUCUAUGUUAGGCUGGAAAACUGGGCUGUUAUUUAGGAAGUCAUUAAUCACAUCUCCUCCCCCGGAAAGAGAUGGCAGAGAAACCUGUGAAGUACAAUUCCUUACCAACCCCCUCUAAAAUUUUCCAAAAUGGUUUACCUAAACACAAUUUGACUAUAUGAAGGUGAAAACGAUUUUUCUAGUAGGAUUUUAUUUUAAAUUUGAAAAAAUUUCGGGCAUAAUCAGGUAAUUUAUGUGCCUCUGCCUUUUCCUAGGUGUAUGUUUUCAUUAUCUAAAGUUUCAUGGGGAUGUAAUUAGGUUUAAUUAGAUCUUUUAUAAAUUAUAUAUUUUCCUCUAAGAAUUGAAUUAAAUAUGAAAUUAGCGUUCCAAGCAGGUUUACUGCCAUGGAAUAGCUGAAUUCUUAAGGGGAAAAAAAGCGUUAACAUCGGUUGUUUUAUUUAAACGACCCCCUCCCAUGAUUUUAGUCAGGCUUGUGUGUAAGGCACGCGUGUGCACAUAUAUGACUGCCUUUUUUUCUAAAUCUAUGAUUCACAAGGUCCCUCCAUUGUGUUUAAGUAGAAGCACGAAAUCAGCAUUCUGAUUUAUCCUAAAGAAGCGUUCCAAAUUGUCUUUAAGAUAACAUGUUUGAGUUUUUCGUGUUCAUUCAUAAAUUAUUUUGAUGUCAGCAUAGAUGAAAUGGCGAUUGGUUAUCUCUUCCUCUUGCCAGCCCCUUAAGGAUACGAGGUGAAAUUAGUAGCAAGAAAGCAUGUAAUUGACAAAGUCACGUGUGCUCAGGGGGCCAGAAACUGGAGAGAGGAGAGAAAAAAAUCAAAAGAAGGAAAGCACAUUAGACCAUGCGAGCUAAAUUUGUGAUCGCACAAAAUCAAGAUGUUAGAUUGAUGCAGAAGAUCACUCCGUUCCAAAGGGAAAGUUUUCAUCUCACGAGUUUGGAGCUGAGGGCCCGUGGGGCAACAUGGCCGAAGGCGGGGCGAGCAAAGGUGGUGGAGAAGAGCCCGGGAAGCUGCCGGAGCCGGCAGAGGAGGAAUCCCAGGUUUUGCGCGGAACUGGCCACUGUAAGUGGUUCAAUGUGCGCAUGGGAUUUGGAUUCAUCUCCAUGAUAAACCGAGAGGGAAGCCCCUUGGAUAUUCCAGUCGAUGUAUUUGUACACCAAAGCAAACUAUUCAUGGAAGGAUUUAGAAGCCUAAAAGAAGGAGAACCAGUGGAAUUCACAUUUAAAAAAUCUUCCAAAGGCCUUGAGUCAAUACGGGUAACAGGACCUGGUGGGAGCCCCUGUUUAGGAAGUGAAAGAAGACCCAAAGGGAAGACACUACAGAAAAGAAAACCAAAGGGAGAUAGAUGCUACAACUGUGGUGGCCUUGAUCAUCAUGCUAAGGAAUGUAGUCUACCUCCUCAGCCAAAGAAGUGCCAUUACUGUCAGAGCAUCAUGCACAUGGUGGCAAACUGCCCACAUAAAAAUGUUGCACAGCCACCCGCGAGUUCUCAGGGAAGACAGGAAGCAGAAUCCCAGCCAUGCACUUCAACUCUCCCUCGAGAAGUGGGAGGCGGGCAUGGCUGUACAUCACCACCGUUUCCUCAGGAGGCUAGGGCAGAGAUCUCAGAACGGUCAGGCAGGUCACCUCAAGAAGCUUCCUCCACGAAGUCAUCUACAGCACCAGAAGAGCAAAGCAAAAAGGGGCCUUCAGUUCAAAAAAGGAAAAAGACAUAACAGGUCUUCUUCAUAUGUUCUUUCCUUUACCCGGUUGCAAAGUCUACCUCAUGCAAGUAUAGGGGAACAGUAUUUCACAAGCAGUAGCUGACCUGGGAUUUUAACUACUAUUGGGGAACUGUGAAUUUUUUAAACAGACAAAUCACUCUAAGCAAAUUACAUUUGAGCAGGGUGUCAUGUUUUAUGUUAAUUCAGAGAAUAAGAUACUAUGUCUGUCAAUAUGUGCAUGUGUGAGAGGGAGAGAGCCUGAGUCUGUGUGUGUACAUGAGGAUUUUUAUAUAGGAAUGUAGACACAUAUAUAAAGAGCCUUUGUCUUUAUAUAUUUGUGUAUAGAUCAAAGCACACACCCUCUCUCAUAUAAUUGGAUAUUUCCAAGAAUUGAAAACCCAUGUGAAGCAUUAUAGAUAGUUUUAAAUUUAACCCACUGGAGUUUUCUUGAAAUACCACUUCUUUUAUAUUAUAUAAAACUAAAAACAUGACUGUUACCUUUUGUGUGAACCAAAGGAUACUUCAGAUCUCAGAGCUGCCAAUUAUGGGGUACUAAAGGUUUUUAAGACAUCCAGUUCUCCCGAAUUUGGGAUUGCCUCUUUUUCUUGAAAUCUCUGUAGUAGUAAUUUUUUCCCCCUUUUUUGAAGGCAGUACCUUAACUUCAUAUGCCUCUGACUGCCAUAAGCUUUUUUGAUUCUGGGAUAACAUAACUCCAGAAAAGACAAUGAAUGUGUAAUUUGGGCCGAUAUUUCACUGUUUUAAAUUCUGUGUUUGAUUGUAAAAUUAGAUGCCUAUUAAGAGAAAUGAAGGGGAGGAUAAUCUUAGUGGCUUGUUUUCAGUAGUAUUUUAAUAUCAGCUUCUUGUAACCUUUUCCAUGUUGUGAGGGUUGUAAGGGAUUGUGUGGCAACAGCAGCUUCCCUUGGCUAAGUCAAUCUUCUACCCAUUGCUUAGAGCAGGGAGCCCUCCUUAUUUACUACUGAAGACCUUAGAGAACUCCAAUUGUUUGGCAUAUAUUUUUGGUGGUGGUUUUUAUUCCUCCUGGAGAGUUAUCUAAUUUGUUUCUAAAACAAACAAGCAGCAAAGAAAUGAAUACUGGGGUUGAGAAUUAAAAUUAAGUGGAUGUUCACAGUUGCCCAAUAUAUAUGACCUGCAAAUGAUACGAAAAAGUGCAGCAUUUAGUGGCAGUUAACAAGAGUGACAAGCCUGGGGCAGAGGUACCAAACCUCUCCCACCAGAGAGCUAGAAGUAUUUUAUACAGUAACUUUGAUCUUAUGGAAGUGAUCUUCAAUGCUUAUUCUGAAGUAACCUAUAUGGUGGAUACAGGAUGAACAUUCAGUGCCAGGGAGAAUCUUCUCAGGUUGGUUCUUGUUAGAGUGAUAAACUGGCUAGGGGCCAUAGUAUUGGUCCUGUUAGGUUUCGGUCAUGGAAAAAAAAAAUUAUUUUGGGGUCAUCCUGGCUCUAGAUGUUAUGGGCAAAUUUCUGAAACAUCUGCAAGAAGGUACCAGUUAAUUAUAGUGCUUAAUAUUGGGAAUAAGAUUAAGCAUUAUAAUUAUAAUGUAUGGGCCUGUUGGUGUAAGCUCAGAUAAUUAAAUAAAAAUAGCAUGACUCAAGUGAGACAUAUUCUGCUGAACAGUUUCUACUUCCUCUCCCGCCUGUCCUGUCAUGGGAGACGUGUAUAGUUGCUGCUGUUUCAGCAAACCACCAUAAGACGAAAAUGCCUCAGGUUGGGUUGCCAGUCCUUUACAACUCAGCUUGAAUUUCACAACAGUGAUUGUGAGAAUCUGCGUGGUAUACACUGAAAUAUCGGUGUGCUGUGAUGCAAAGCUUACCUUUGACGAUAUUGAAUGUGAUAUAGCUGUAGAGAAGUACUUCCUUGCCUUAUGUGAGGAUUUCAAACUUAUUUAAAUUAUGUAGACAAAUCAAAGUGGCAUUGCUUAAUUUUUAGCAGGCAUAAUAAGCAAGUUAACAGUAAAAUGCAAAACAUGAUAAGCGUUGCUCAAUUUUUAGCAGGUAUAAUAAGCAGGUUAACAGUAAAAAUGCAAAACAUGAUAGAUAAGUCACUUUGAAAAUUCAAACCAAAGUUCCUUCACCUUAUGGAAAUAGGAAAUUAUGGACUUCAAAAUUGGACACUUCCUGUUUACAAAAAGAAAUUCAGAGCUAAAAUCAUGGUAAAAAAAAAUAGAAACACUUGAGAACUAUGGUCUUUAUGGGUGCAAUUUGAAAUCCUUUUCAUCAUCUUACCAGACUAAACUAAGAGCACAUACCAAACCUAUCUUAUGGUUGAAAGUUGGGGUUUAUUUUUUAUAUGAGAAUAUUAUCACUAUUACAUAACAUACUCAGGACAAAGAACUUUGCUCAGGGAACAUACCAUGUAAUAUUUUUGUUGUUUCUUUACAGACCAGUCUACAGUCCUGCUUACUCAAAACAAACCAAAUAACUUAUACCUUUAUAUAAGUAUUAUGUACUGAUGAUAGUAACUACCUCUGAGUUUGACACAGAUCAAAAUUUUUGAAUAUCAGAUAUCAGUUAUCCUAUUUUUAUUUCAUGUGAAAACUCCUCUAAAGCAGAUUCCCUCAACUCUGUGCAUAUGUGAAUAUCACUGAUGUGAACACAUUGUUCAUUUACAUAGGUAAAAUAUUACUCUGUUUACAGCAAAAGGCUACCUCAUAGUUGAUGCAUAGCACACCUGUAUGUAUGCUGUUCCAGCCUUACAGGUGGCUGAUAAUUCUCUGGUACAGAACCUUUUUAUCUGUAUUAUAAAUAGCAAUUCACAACUGCAUGUUUCUGACAAACACUUGUGAAUAAUGAAGCAUCUCGUUUUAGUUAGCAAAGUCUCCAAACAUUUCCUUAAAAUAAUCAUGUAUUUAGUUUAAAGAAUUAUGGGCACUGUUCAACUUAAGCAAAACAGAACACGGAAGCAGUCUUAGAAGCACCACUUUGCCCAGAGGUGGAGGUUGGAAGGGGUAGCAGGGAGAGGGGUUGGUGUAUGCAGGUAUUCAUGCUAGGCAAAGAGUUUAAAAGACGCCAAUGUCCUUCAUUUACUGUCUGUGCUGCCCUGAAGCCAAGCGUAUUGCAGCAUUAUAGCCCCAGGCACAUAACUAACUAGCACUGGCUUGCCAAGGAAUGAACAUGCAAUGCCAUUACUAGCUAUUGAGGGAAAAGGGUCUGUGUGAAGCAUCACUUUGCAGGGAUUACUAAUGGUGGGGCAGCAGGUCUGUGAAUUAAGUUAUCUCUUGACCUCACCCUCAUGUCAACACAAAUGUAAUUCCUAAACAAGAUGCAUUGCCAGUCUCUUAGCCCUGUAAGCUGAUCAUUUGCUACAUGGCAGACUAUAAUGAAAACAUUUUUAUACUUGGGUUUCUAGUCUUCACUAGAAGGCCUUGGAUGUAUUUUUGCAGUUGAAAGAUUUAGAAAGAUUUUUACCUGCUUAUAACUUGGAAGUUUAGAGUGCAAUGUAAGAAAAAAGAUCAAGAAAUGUCAUGUUAUUAGCAUCAGUCCACCUCCAAUAUUGCCGAUACUUUUUUUAUUCUGGCUCAGAUUUUGCACCAGUGCGGCCCCAAGUUACUGCUGGUUGUAUUUAGUUUGUGAAUAGGAGCCCAUAAGUGUUAAUAGACUUUGUACCAUUCACUAUAAGAUGAAUUAUACAGGACAUGGGAAAUCUCAUUAAGUCUUAAAGUUAAUUUAAAUUAAUUUAUCUGUUUUCUCUAAGAAAUGUUUAUCAUAAAAUAUAUAUGUGUAUUUCCCCUUUGGUUAUAAAAUUUGGGAAAGUAUGUACAAGUGCAGCUGCACUGACUUUAAUUUUCUAGAUGUCUUAAUGAGAUUUAUUUGUUUUAGAGAAGAACAUCUUGUUAAAAGCAUCAAACUCUGUCUUACAUAGCUGUGAACAGCCUCUUUAAGAUGUGGUGGUUGUAUGAUCUGUGUCUUAAUUGUUCAGUUAGAGUGAGAAGUUGACCUAUGAUUCAUUUUUAAAUUUUAUAUUUGGAACAAAGCUGCAAGUUAUGGUAAAGUACUGUACUGUGAGAAGUAUUAUGAUAUUUAAUGCAUCUGUGGCUUAACACUUGUGAGAGUUACCAGCUUGAAAAUGAUGGUGUUGACUACCUCUUGAAUCACAUCUAUCAACCACUGGCACCUACCACCAAGCUGGCUUCAAUUAGUAUGUGUUGCUUUUUGGUAUUAACAACUAACCGUACUAGAGACCAAAGUGAACCCUGAUUUUUAUAUGUCUUUAAUAAUGGUGUUUUAUUUAGUGUUUUUAAAUUAUCCUGUGUAGUAUUUAGAUUACCUCAUUGUCCAUUUUGACUCAUGUUGUUUACAAGUGAAAAUAAAAACACUUGAACUGUAUGUUUUUAAAAGACAAAAAAGGGGUAGAUGUUUGGAAUGCGUUUCACUCGCGUGCAGUCAUCUGGAGGGACUGAAGCACUGUUUGCCUUUCUGUACACUCUGGGUUUUAUAUUCUCAUUUCAUGCCUAAUGUCUUAUUCUGUCAAUUAUGGAUAUGUUGAGGUUUAAAAAAAUUACUUGAUUAAAAAUAAAACAUAUAACGUUGGCAUUUA